ACCCCAAGGAGCUCCAGCGGCCGCUGGCCCACGAGUGCCUGGGCGAAACCCUGCGCAUCCUGCGCCAGGUCAUCAACAAGUACCCGCUGCUCAACACCUUGGAGACCCUGACGGCCGCCGGGACCCUCAUCUCCAAAGUCAAGGGUUUCCAUUACGAAUCCAACAAUGAGACGGACAAGCGGGAGUUCGAGAAGGCCGUGGAGACCAUCGCAGUGUCCUUCAGCAGCACCGUGUCCGAAUUCCUCAUGGGGGAGGUGGACAGCAGCACCAUCCUCUCCAUCCCACCCAGCGACCAGAACCAGACUAUGGAGAGCCUCUACGGGGGGAUCCCUGGGCCUGGAGGAGACGGCAUGCCUUCGGGCAUGGAAAGCUAUGACACGGGCCGUCCUCCUGCUGAGGAAGUGGACGUGAUGCUGCAGCGCUGCGAGGGGGGGGUAGAUGCUGCCCUCCAGUACGCCAAAACCAUCUCCAAGUACAUGAAGGACCUCAUUGGCUACCUGGAGAAAAGGACCACGCUGGAGAUGGAGUUUGCCAAAGGGCUUCAGAAGAUGGCAAACAGCUGCAAGCAAACCAUCAGUCAGGAGACCAACAUGCCUUUCCUGUCCAUCUACCUGCUGGCCCUGGAGCAGGAUAUGGAGCACGGGACGUCGGUUCUGCAGGCUGCCAACACCCUGCAGCACCAAACCUUCCUGCAGCCGCUAACAGUGAGGCGCCUUGAACAUGAAAAACGGAGGAAGGAGAUCAAGGAGCAGUGGCACCGGGCGCAGAGGAAACUGCAAGAGGCAGAGGUCAACCUGCGCAAGGCCAAGCAGAUAUACAUGCAGCGCAGCGAGGAGCACGACAAGGCCAAGUACAUGGCAGUGAAAGCAGAAGAAGAGCAGCAGAACACCGCCAGCAGCAUCACCACCAAAACCCUGGACAAGAAGAGGCGGCUGGAAGAGGAAGCCAAGAACAAGGCAGAAGAGGCGAUGGCCACGUAUCGGACCUGCGUUGCGGAUGCAAAUACCCAGAAGCAGGAGUUGGAGGAUACCAAGGUGAACUCCUUGCGGCAGAUCCACGAAGUGAUCAAACAGAGUGACCAGGUCAUCAAGACGGCCACAAUCUCCUUCUACCAGAUCAUGCACAUGCAGACGGCUCCGCUGCCCGUCAACUUCCAGACACUGUGCGAGAGCAGCAAGCUCUACGACCCCGGGCAGCAAUACGCCUCUCACGUCAAGCAGCUGCAGCGAGGAGACGAACCUGACAUCCAGUACGACUUUGAGCCCUACGUGUCACACAACGCCUGGUCCCCCUUUACUCGGACACGGAAAGGCAGCUUCAACGCCAAUGACUUCUCAAUGAAUGCCGGCUCUGACGGAGCCGGGCUGCCCAAGGACGGGACCGUCUCGGAAGGAGGAGCAGGAGCCAAGGAGCAGCAAAGCGGGGCUGUGGCGGCUGAGCGGAGAGGUGAGGGACACCAGGUCCACAAAUCCUGGCCAACCUCUAUCAGUGAAGCUGACAGCAGCCUGGAUUCAAAUGCAGGUGAAUUCAGCCAUAAACUCCAGCGGUUGUCUUCCAACGGCACCAUGUCGUCCAGCGAAGAGCUGGAAGAGAAGGAUGAGAACGCAACCCCCUUUGAGCAGAGCAUCAAUGGGAUCACACCAGAGAUGACGGCUCCAACAGGGCCCUUCCGAAACGUUGGCUUAUCCAAGGCUGCCCAGACUCAUCGGCUGAGGAAGCUCCGUACCCCUUCCAAGUGUCGGGAGUGCAACAGCUACGUUUACUUCCAGGGAGCAGAAUGCGAGGAGUGCUACCUGGCCUGCCACAAGAAGUGUCUGGAAACCUUGGCCAUCCAGUGCGGGCACAAGAAACUCCAAGGGAAGCUGCAGCUUUUUGGGCAAGACUUCACAAAGGCUUCUCAGAGUAGCUCAGACGGCAUCCCCUUCAUCAUCAAGAAGUGUGUUUCUGAGAUUGAGAAGCGGGCACUGAAAACCAAGGGCAUCUACCGAGUUAAUGGCGUCAAGACCCGGGUGGAGAAGCUUUGCCAGGCAUUUGAGAAUGGGAAAGAGCUGGUGGAGCUGUCCCAGGCCUCCCCUCAUGAUAUCAGCAACGUCUUGAAGCUCUACCUGAGACAG